UUUUUUUUUUUCAGCGUCUAGUAAACAAAGCAAUAUACUUUCAAUAAAUUAAAAAUAGCAGCAAUGACUUUAUUAAAUUCUCAAAUCGCGACAUUACAAGAAACAGAUGCAGCAGCAAGACAACUUGAAUCUAUAUUAGUGACUCAAUUUAACAAAAAAAUAAAUGAAACCUUGGAAGAAGAAGAAGCAUUUGAUUUAGAUUAUGACUUGAUUGGUGAAAACUUUGCAAAACUUAAAGAUAUUCAAGUUAAUGCAUAUAACGCAGUUAGCGAUAGUAAACAAGCAACAGUUGAAGCCAAAAAUUAUAUGAAUGAAAAGCAAGCAGAACUUCAUGAUGUCAUGUUUGAAAAGAGACACAUUCUAGAAGAAAUUGUUAAAUGUCGAGAAUUUAGAUCGGUUUACCAAGAUGUUGAACUUAUACCACUUGAUGAAUUUAAUGAAAAGGCAGGACCAGAAUACCUCGAAAAUUCAGAUAAUCCACACCAAUUAUUUAUUAAUAGAUUGAAGUAUGAGCUAGUUGUACGAACAGAUUUGAAAGAAAAGGAAGAAGUGCUUAAAGCAAAAAGAACACAAUUAGUUAAAGAAAAUAGAAAAGCUCAAAAGAUGGUAGAUCAAUUUGAUAAAUUAUUAGAUGAUUUUGUACAGGCUGCAAUUCCUUUGGAAGAAGCAUUAGAGGCAGAGAUGAAGAAACAAGAAGACGCUAAUGUAUCCGAAGCAUUAGAGGUGGAGAUGAAGAAACAAGAUGACACAAAUGUAUCCGAAGUAUUAACACCAGAUACUGAUUUAAAUCAUAUCAACACAGCUGAUGCAGUAAAAACCAUAGAUUUAGCAAAUUCAUAACUUUAAAAAUAUAAAUAUUUUUUUUCUUUUAUUUGUAAAUACAUAAUUCUACUGCGUAUAUUUAAAAUAAAAAAAAAAGGAAAAAAAAAAGAAAAGAAAAGAAUGGUAACGAUUAAAUUAAAGUAAUUCUAUAACACGAGGGAGAAAAAAAAAGAUGUUUAUACAAAAAAAGAAAAAAAAAAA